AUGCCGCCUCGCCGGGAUGACCGACUUGCGGUCAUCAACACUAUUUUCGGAGGCCCGAGCGGGGGCCAGUCUGGAAACAAGAGGAAACAGCUAGCUCGCGAGGCCAGGCGCGAGGUGUGCAACAUCAGGGAGCAGAAACCUACUUGCUCCAUCACUUUCGGCGACGUGGACCUGGACGGGGUCCACUUGCCUCACAAUGACGCGCUCGUGAUCGCCCCUCUUAUUGAUCACAUCCUGGUCCGACGAGUAUUGGUUGAUGGAGGGCGUCUGAUGAAGUGGGCAUUGGAAUUGAGCGAAUACGACAUCCAGUUCGAGCCCAGAACUGCGAUAAAAGGACAAGCAGUGGCCGAUUUUAUGGUGGAGCUCACUCCACCACCUCAGUUGGUCAAAUCCGACCUCCCGUGGACGAUCUUUGUUGAUGGGUCUUCUAACGAGAGGGGGUGCGGGGCAGGAAUCCUCUUGCUCGCACCAGGAGGUGAGCGAUUCGAAUAUGCUCUGCGGUUCAACUUUCGGACCUCAAAUAAUAAGGCCGGGUACGAAGCACUCCUAGCAGGCCUGCGCGUUGCCAAAGGAUUGGGGGCCAGUCACAUAAAGGUCUUUAGUGACUCCCAGCUAAUUGUAAAUCAGAUCAAGGAGGAGUACCAAGCGAAGGACCCCCGGAUGGAAAAAUAUCUAAGCAAGGUCAGAUCGCACCUUGCCCAGUUCGGGACUUACGAGGUGAGUCAAGUUCCAAGAUCUGAGAACUCUAAUGCAGAUGUCUUAGCUAAAUUGGCAUCAGCAUACGAGACCGACCUGGCUAGGUCGGUCCCGGUCGGAAUCCUAGACACUCCUUCAAUCUUGGAGCCAGAUGUGAUGAAGGUUGAUACUUCAUCACCCACUUGGAUGGACCCAAUCGUGGAGUUCAUCAAAGGAAACCCACCGCAAGAGUCGAAUGAGCAAAAGAAGAUGACGCGAAGAGCAGCUCGGUUCACGCACCGAGAAGGAAUGUUGUACCGACGUGGCUUCUCCCUGCCUCUCCUCAAGUGUGUGACUCCCGAAGAAGGCCACUACAUUCUUAGGGAAAUUCAUGAAGGGGUGUAUGGAAACCACUCUAGCGCCAGGUCGUUGUCGGCUAAGUGGGGGGUGGACAUCAUAGGUCCUUUUCCUUUGGGCAAAGGACAAACAAAGUUCGCCGUUGUCGCUGUGGACUACUUCACUAAGUGGGUUGAAGCCGAGGCACUAUCCCACAUCACAGAGUCCAGAGUCACGUCGUUCAUAUGGACAAACAUUGUGUGCCGCUUCGGCAUACCAAAUGCUAUCGUGACAGACAACGGAAAACAAUUUGACAAUGCAAAGUUCAAGGACUUUUGUAGAAAACUUGGUAUAAGCCACCUUAGUUCGUCCCCUGCGCAUCCAAAAGCGAAUGGACAAGUUGAAGCAGUAAACAAGAUCAUAAAGCGAGGACUCAAGCUAAGGUUGGACUCCAUAAAGGGAAGAUGGGCCGAGGAGCUACCUGAGGUUCUGUGGUCAUAUCGAACCACCCCACGGGAGUCAACUGGUGAAACUCCGUUCUCACUAGCCUUUGGUUCCGAAGCUGUUGUACCAGUCGAGAUCGGCAUACCAACAGACAGGGUAGAAUAG